CUACAGUGGAUAAGAAAACUCGUAGGGUUUUCAAGAACCGGGAUUACCAUGCCCCUGUCACCCAUCCUCCGUCAACCAUUGUACUGCGUCCCAACUGACAGAAGAGACGUUCAUAACCCUCAAGGUUCUCUCGAGACUCUGUCCUAGUAAACAGUUAUGGACCCGACAGCACUCUCAAGUAGAAUGUAUACCAGGGACCUGGUUUCUUUUCCCAUGCCUACGCACUUCCCCUGAAUGGGAUCUCGGGCCUUUUAGUUCCCCAACAGAGGCGGCGAGACCCUCAGCAUUGCCUGGAAAAGAUCGCAAGUUCCAGUACAUCGCUCCACUUUAGUGCUGGGUGUGUGAGUGUUUUUCCGAAUUGCUCCCUGACGACCUGAAACGGGAAGAUCGAGUAUAGUGGAUGUGGAAGGACGAAGAAGAAGAAGAACGGAAAGAGGCGCCUUUGGACUUGCUUUGGUCUCCGUUCCCGUAGCCUAGUUUUGACUACUAACGAACGCAUCCCUUGGAAGCUAAGGUCCGAAUUCGUCGAUGUUGGCUGAGCGUUCUAGGUCGUCGAGGAUAUGACAAGACGGAAGGGAAGCUGGCGUUUUAUGUGCCAAGCAAGGGUCGAGGAUCUCCCAGAAGCAACUGGCUGGUUUUUCUCAGUCCGUAAACUGGUCGAGAACAUAGAGGAACACCAUCUGAGGAAACGCGAGGAACCAGCAGAUUUGCGGCGGAAAAGGAGCGAAAUAGAACACCACAAAAGACGGACAAAACAGAGCGUCAGAUUCCAAUUUGCGGAAGUCAUUGUGACCCUUGAUUUGAAGACUGAAAGCAGGAGAGUGAACAAGGCAAUUGCAAAAUAAUUCUAGAAUACCCUCUGGGCAAUGUCCAUAUUGAAAAACUAAAAGCUUCUCGGAUCAGUAAGGGCUCAAUUUGCCUGUCUUUGUGUGUUGAAACAAACGAUCCAACCCGGAGUCUUGACCAGUUGAAAGAAUGAGUGUCCAUGCGGCAAGAGCGAUUCGCCAGAAGCAUAAGGUUGACCCUGAUUCAGCGGAGAAUUCCUUGAGCCCGGAGCAGAAAAAGGUGCUGGAAGAAGCCUUCGAGGCUGCUGAUAAGAACGGAGACGGAAUCCUCUCAGCGGAUGAGUACUACGACAUUUUCCAAACGCAUGGUCUUUCAAUCGAUCGAGAAUGGAUUGAGAAAACCAUCGCUCGGAAUGACAAAGAUGGAGACGGAGGAAUUUCAUUUCAAGAGUUCAUGGAGAUGAACCGGAGCCGCUUGAAAGGCGAGACCGGACAACCCAACGCGACCUCUAGCGGAUAUUCACAGAUUAAUAGAGAUGGAGAGAAGGCCAAACUUGCAUUUAACGCCUACGACAGGAAUCGCGACGGGUACCUCACCAAGGCUGAGUUUCGAAAGACGUCCAAGAAGAUGACAGAGGCGCAGAUCGACGCAGUUUUUGAAAAAUUCGACAAAAAUAGAGAUGGAAGAUUGGAUUUUGACGAGUUCAAGAAUCUCAUGGAAUCUAACAAGAAGCCAUAAAACAAGUCCAGUAUCUCAUUUUUUUGAUCAAAUGCCUCCAUUUUUGCAUGUUUUUUUCUGAAUAGUGAUCAAUGCAUAUGUGUCGUCCGUAUUACUUUUGAUAUCUAUCAGCACACAUGAACCUAUCAUGACCCAUAAAAUGUCAUUAUCAUAUUAAAGGAAGCAAGCAUUCAUGAAACUCCGACUUAUCUUUCGACUUUGAACCAUGUUAUCAUCAUUACACAAUUUAUGAGCAAA